CUAUAAACCUAUUUUUAUUUGGUGAGUUAUUGUUCAAGUUACGAUCAAAGAGGAUUGUUAUUGAUAGUUGUUCUGUGCUAGUUACUGGUUGGUGUAGCUGGAAUGUCUAUUUCACGUUUGGCGACAAUCCAAAUCAAAUAUUCCCUUCGGCCUAUAGCAGGGUCUAUAGCCAGUUGCUCAGGAUGAGUGGAAUGAUUAAACUGCCGGCAAUUCUUGCAAAGAAUGUGACAACCAACACGUUGAGCGCGGUUGGCCGACCAGUAAUCGCAGCCCGAAAGAUUCAUUUUACAGUUGAUGGAAAGCAGACAGAAGCCAAAGUCUCCCAGAUUUCUCGAGACUAUGCAGUGGUGGACCACACUUAUGAUGCAGUGGUUGUUGGUGCUGGUGGGGCAGGGCUCCGGGCAGCCUUUGGUCUUGUUGCAGAAGGAUUCAAGACAGCUGUUAUUACGAAAUUAUUUCCAACUCGAUCACAUACAGUUGCUGCUCAGGGUGGUAUCAAUGCUGCUCUUGGAAACAUGGAGCAAGAUAACUGGCAGUGGCACAUGUAUGAUACAGUGAAGGGUUCUGAUUGGUUGGGAGACCAAGAUGCAAUUCAUUACAUGACAAGAGAAGCACCAAAAGCUGUGAUUGAGCUUGAGAAUUAUGGUAAAUAGAUAGAGACUUUGCAGGCAUUUGAUAUACACCAGCGAGCAUUUGGAGGACAGUCACUCAAGUUUGGUAAAGGAGGUCAAGCCCAUCGGUGUUGUUGUGUAGCGGAUCGAACUGGCCACUCACUCUUACACACGUUAUAUGGCCAGUCUUUAAGAUAUGACUGCAACUAUUUUGUUGAAUAUUUUGCUCUUGACUUGCUGAUGGAAGAUGGUGAAUGUCGUGGAGUAAUUGCCCUGUGUUUGGAAGAUGGAAGUAUCCAUAGGUUCCAGUCAAAGAGCACGGUUUUGGCAACUGGAGGCUAUGGUCGAACUUUUUUCUCGUGUACUUCGGCCCACACAUGCACAGGUGAUGGUACAGCUAUGGUAUCUAGAGCAGGGCUCUAUAAUCAAGACUUAGAGUUUAUACAGUUCCACCCAACAGGUAUUUAUGGAGCUGGUUGCCUCAUCACAGAAGGUUGUCGUGGAGAAGGAGGAUAUCUGAUCAAUGGUGAAGGUGAACGGUUCAUGGAACGUUAUGCUCCCGUAGCAAAAGACUUGGCUUCUCGUGACGUUGUAUCAAGGUCCAUGACUAUUGAAAUCAGAGAAGGAAGAGGGUGUGGGCCUGAGAAAGAUCAUGUGUUCCUUCAGUUGCAUCAUCUGCCACCAGAGCAACUGGCUGCUAGACUUCCUGGCAUCUCAGAAACAGCCAUGAUCUUUGCUGGUGUUGAUGUGACACGUGAACCAAUUCCAGUGCUGCCAACAGUUCACUAUAACAUGGGUGGCGUCCCCACCAAUUACAGAGGACAAGUGUUGACUGUUUCUGGAGGAAAGGAUGCAGUUGUACCAGGUCUUUAUGCCUGUGGUGAAGCAGCCUCCUCAUCAGUACAUGGUGCUAAUCGUCUUGGUGCCAACUCAUUGCUUGACCUUGUUGUUUUUGGACGUGCCUGUGCAAAGACCAUUGCAGAGGAAAAUAAACCUGGGGAAUCCAUUGGUUCUCUCAAAGCUAAUUCUGGUGAAGUAUCAGUUGCAAAUUUAGACCAUUUGCGACAUGCUGAUGGGCCUCUGACUACGGCAGCUUUGCGUCUAAACAUGCAAAAGACGAUGCAGGCUCAUGCAGCUGUAUUUAGGACAGCUGAGACUCUUCAGGAAGGUGUGAAGAAAAUGCAAGGACUGUAUAAGAAGUUGGAUGACCUGAAAGUUUCUGAUCACAGUCUGAUCUGGAACUCAGAUUUGGUGGAGACUUUGGAACUACAGAAUCUCAUGCUGAAUGCCAUGCAGGCCAUUGUCGCAGCUGAGAACAGGAAGGAGUCACGUGGUGCCCAUGCUCGCGAGGAUUUCAAGGAAAGAAUCGAUGAAUAUGACUACUCGAAACCAACUCAGUCACAGACAAAACGACCAUAUGAGCAGCACUGGAGAAAGCAUACUCUUACAUCUAUCAACUCCAAGACUGGUGACGUUCAGAUCACAUUCAGACCUGUCAUUGACAUCACAUUGGAUGCACAAGAGUGUUCAAGUGUGCCUCCAGCUAUUCGUUCUUAUUAAGGGCCACGCGCAUACAAUUUCGUUAGUAUUAAUAUCAGUUUGCUUAACUUUCGUCUUUUUAUAUUACCACUUUUAGUGACAGAAACAAUUAUUUAUCAUCCCAGUCUUGGUCCCAGUCUUUGUAGGUAUUCUGAUAAUUACAUUAUGUAUUUGGUAUAACUGCAAUAACAUGUCAUCAGUGGAUUGUAUAGGCAUCAGUACUAAAAUAUAAUUAGUCAGUCAGUGAGUACAAAGUUGUGUUAAAUUUCCAUUCUGUAAACACAUUAGUUUUUGCGAUAAAAGGGCUUUAGUUUGGUGUCAUUUUAGUGUUUAUUAAAUUAAAAAUUUGAAUCUUAUGGAUAAAGGGUUUAAUCUUUUUCCAUGUUUAAAUUCAUACUCAUUAGUUUAUUUUUUUUGUGCGUUGUGUUGCUACACAAUCUUAUCAGGCUUAAAUUGCCAUUGAAUUAGAUGGGUUUAGGGUAAACAGAAUUGUUUUUAGAUUCUUUUGUUAGUGCUGUAUUGAAAACAUAAAUUAAGGAACUUAAACUUACGUGCAAUCAGCGAUUAUUAUGUACUUACUUGUUUGUCAAUGAUUAUUAAAAUCAGAGGUGAGAAGAUAGUAUCUGUAGGAGGCUGGUGUUGUGGGGGUAGCAAAUAUUGUUUAGAUUUUUUGUUUGUUGUUUGCUUGUGAAGAUUCAUCUUUGCAGCAAGUAGAUUUCAGUGAUAAGUUUGUCAAAUCAUAGCUUCAUGAACUUAUAACUGUAAUGUUAGUCUUUGUCCAGGGAGUGUAUGCCGAACAUCAAUCUUGGCAUUGUUCACAUUGCUCAUCAGAAUAGUCUUUCAUUUUAAAAGUUGCUUCAAUAUUGACAGUAUUUGUAAUAUACAUAGGUAACACUUCCAUGCUUCCUCACAUGUAUAACUACAAUAUUAAUGAAUUUGCAUAAAAUUUCCAAAUAAUUUUUAUGUGCAAUUUUAGCACAGUUUGUUACAAGUUUUAGGUUUUGACAGCAAUGAAAAUGUGGAUUAUGGUGUUCUGAUUUAUGAAUACACUGUAUCAUUACCCAGAAGGCCACAGUAUAUAUUUACUUAAUCAGUAUCUUCUUCUUCUGUGGCUCUCUGGUCCAUGGCCUCCUCAAUUAACCUCUUUCAUUCGGUCCUCUGUUAGGUCUGUCUGUCCGAGGCUUUGAUUGAGGUUUUGAAACAUCUUCCUUUUUACGUUGUAAGGUUGUUAGCCUUGCGACCGACCCCCAUCCAGUUUGGUGGUUGGUCGAUAUAGUAUUGUAUUAAUGAAAAAUGCAACUUAUUUUUUUCAUCCGUGUAUUGUAGCAAUACAAUUAUUAACAAACUGCUUUGUUGACAAGGUGAGCACAGGGCAGGUUCAAAGUUUGGAAAAGAGGGUUUUUGUCAACUCCUCCUUCACCGUUACCUUUUUACACAUGGCAGUUAUUGUAUAAAUAUUUAUGUUGGAGUCUCUUCUGCCACAUUUUCAUAACUGGAAUACCAGUUUACUUUGGCUCUGCUGCAUCACAUCAUUCUUUUAAUACAGUGAAUAUUAACGAAGUACAAGGAAAUAUGAUUUUGAAUUAGUUCCCUCUUGUGAUUUUUUAGCGCUAAUUGAAGUAAAACAGUAUACUUUGUACAUAAUAGGACAUAAAAGUACAACAGCUUAUGGUUUAAAG